GAAUCAGGGGGCGGUUAUGAUGAUACGCGAUCGAGUACAUGUGUGACAUGAUCGAUAGCCGUGAGAACUAGCUGAAGGCUCUUCAGAAAAAAAGAAGGCCCCUCUUCAGAAAGCUCUGACAAGGAAUCUACUUGUGCUUGGAUCAGUGAAGAGUUAGAGCUAACGACCCUCUCCUGAAUCUUGAGUGGCUCGUAAUGGAUGCAGCAGUAUCGAAGUGGGAGAGAACUGAUGGCGCGCACCUUCGCCAACUAUCUUCAUAGACGGCGCUAUUGAUGGUAGGGCAGCCCCUGCUACCGGUGUGCAUUCCGUGGAGCUGCAGAGUGGAGGGUCGUCUCCGGGACUGCACUAAUCACGCCGAGGGAGCCCUGCAGCCUGUGAGCUUUUCAACAAAAAAACUUCUCCGUCCAGGCAUCAGUGGAAAGGCGGUUUCGGGCGACGAGUAACCAAGUCCCACUACCUGCAGCCUUGCCCGGCAGCCUGUCAGAGCCACGAUAAAAAUAAUCCGAAGUGUCUUAGUGAGAGGAUAGCUGGGUGCCGUCGCGUGGAGAGCUAACUGAUGCCGUGCAGUUUGCGCACAGUACGUAGUACGGACAUCCUUGUGCUGACUCCCGCUCUCCCGCCAUCCUCAUUGGCCCAUCAUCCCCCUGCCACUACAAUACUCAGCACCAUGGCAGCAUCUCCAGGACUACUCCCCACAUGUGCUGGAUGAUCUACGCAGGAAAGCCAAGACUGAGUGCGGAAAGCCAGCCAAGUCGGCAGCGGCUGAGUCCAAGGUACAGUACAAAAUAUACCACAGUCAGAACCAGUAGUCAAAAGUUCGGAACACCUUCACUACCACUGCCACUACCAGCCUUAGUACUGAGCAUACAACUACAGUAACAGACACCACCACAGGCACAGACAGCCACCACAACAGUAAGAGUAGUCAGUCCUGCGUGCAAAGCUAGUGUAAAGCCAGUGCAAAGCCAGUGCAAAGCUAGUGUAAAGCCAGUGCAUACUCACACUCACAGACUACUGGCACUGUGCUGGGGGGUAUCAUGUCACACUCGCUCCCAGGCCACCUACCCAUACAGACCAUGGCCCUAGUAGAAACCUACCUACAAACCACGGCAGCCAAUGCCACUGCAGUCACCCCUAGCCCAGGCAGCCAUCGCCCUGCACAGCCUGCACCACUACUACAGCAUCAUCAACACUACCAACCGCAACCCCCGCAACAUCUACAACAACAACAACAACAACAACAACAACAACAACAACAACAACAACAACAACAACAACAACAGCAGCAGCAGCAGCAGCAGCAGCAUAACAUGAGCAGUUCAAUCACACCACCUCGUCUAGUGACCUUUACACAAGCGUCGGCCUGGCAACAGCCCAGCUGUGGCGGUGCGGCUGGUGUUGAGGCAGUUGGUGCAGGACAUGGAGCACACCAGGCAGCAGCAUCAGCAGGUACAGGUCAGCAACAGCAGCAACAGCACAUUGUCCUUCCUCUGCAUUCCAACCCAUCGCCACAAACGGUGAAUAUGAUGGGAGUGGGAGCGUACUCCUUACCAAGCUUAUCCUAUCCCAGUACGGUCAAUGCACCCACCGCAGCCGGUAAUGCUGGUACAUCGGAUGCCUCCGCAAGUCCUGCUGCUCCUGCUAAUCACAAUCAACAACAGCAGCAGCAGCAGCGUAGCCAGGGUUUCAACAUCAAGGACUUGCUCGGCUCGCCCGUGGUGGAAGGUGCACAGGCACACAUGGCACACACGCCGCCAUCGCAAGCACAGGGGACGCCAACGCAGCAGCAGCUGUCCAAUCCCUUGUCUCCUGUGACUGGUCAUAUGACCGCCGGCGGCGGUGGUGCACUACCAUCACCCAGACCAGUGCCCGUGCCUGAUCAUGAUGGCGGAGGGGGAGUGGGUGACCCAGGCAGAGGCAGUGGUAGUGCAGUUGGAGCAGGGGACAGGUACAUUGGUCAGCCUCCACCGCUGCGCCCGCUACCCACAACGUACAAAGGUCCAGGCCACCAUGUGGCACAGCACUCGUCGGCAAUGAUGAGUCCGGUGGACAUGCCAUCGCCACAGCAAACAAUGCUACCGGCUGGAGGCAUAGCGCAAUCUCCCAUGCAGCAACUCACACCAACACAGCAAGGGCAAUUCUUACCGCAACACUAUUAUCAAGUCAGAGACAGACCAUUAGCAGGCCACGAUCAGCAGCACCAGCAGCAGCAGCAGCAGCAGCAGCAGCAUCAACACCAACACCACCAAGCAGCCGGCAUGAGAGAACAACACACGCUGCAGCUGGGAGGGCACCCGGCCACCGGACUGACCCUGAGCCAACGGCCGUCCGAUAUGUCGCCCAUGUUUGCCACGCCGACAGCUGCUGCUCCUGCCGGCACUCCACUUCAUCACGUUGGUCGUCCAGCUGCUCCUACACCGACUGUUGCUGGUAGCCAUUACGCAAUGCAUCACAUAGCCGCAUCACCUAACUCCGGUCCAGGAAUUUGUGCAACUCCAUAUCAGAUGACGGCACAAGCGCAUGGACAAAGUCAUGGAGCACUGGUCCUGUCACCCUCAAACAAUCAUCCACUGGCAGUCGGCCUGACACCAGUGAACCCAUACCCGCAGCAACCGCUGCAUCGAUACAACUCCGACCUACUGCGAAGCGACCGCCAUAUGUUCAACAAACACCAGCGCGCCGAGCUAGAAAAGGAGUUCAUGGAGAACAAGUAUAUCACCAAGACCGAGCGCAACCGCCUGGCAAACGCGCUGGCACUGAAGAGAAAGCAGGUGACGACUUGGUUUCAGAACCGCCGAGCCAGAGAGCGGCGUCGCUGCCGUCGACAGGGCAUGUCGCCGAAAUGGGAUCCAAACAAUCCUGCCUCAGCGCACCUCGACGAUGAUGGCGCGGCAAGCACAGACUCUGACCAAGAACAUGCAGAUGACCAGUGUCCAGAGGUGUUUGUCACCAUGAAGCAAGACAGCAGCGAGGCCAGCAAUUUGACAGCUGGUGGCGGCGGCGCUGGUGGCGCUGGAGGCAGCGAGCAUUCUUCGGGAAGCAGCCAAGGUGCCAAGGCAAUAUCAAGUGCCGGUCACCUGCUUCUGGCAACUCACCAACACCAGCACCACCAGCAAGCACAACAGCAGCAACAACCACUGUAUGCUGAUGACAGGUAUUAUGGUACACAACCUCUUCCGCCUUGAGUCAACGUUACCUGCAGGUCUUGAGAUACAAACUGGCCCCUCGGUUGACCAGACAAACAGAGACUGUUCCUGUUGUACUGGUACACACAGGGAUACCAGGACUUCAACCUAGCAUUAACUGGUGAUACAUACUUUGAAGUAUAGGAUAUAGCACACAAGAUAACUUGGUCGGACAUGAACGCCAGCACUUCUUGAAUAGGGGCCAUGCAUGGCCAUGGAUGCUGGUGUACUCUUGACAUUCAUCCAUAGCUCUCUUUUUUUUCUAUUGUUCUGAAGACCCAUACCAUCCUGACCUUGAACAUCCGUCCACAAUCAGGAUGAUAGCGGUGUCAGGCAGAGUAGAUGAGUAGAUUCCUCAGGAAUCGCGAUCGAACCGCCAUCCUCACACACACACACACACGCACGCACGCACACAAACAUACACACAUACACACGCACACAUGCGUGCUCACACACACACACACACGCACACAAGAACGAUGAGCAGAAAGGUGUGAGCUCGAAACGGUUGACCUUUGAUUAUAGUUUAUUCUCUCUAUCUGCUAGACAAAGUUUUUACUUGCUAUUCUGUUGUGAAUACAUCGCUAGAGUUAGAUUGAGUUUUAGUAGUAGUGAACACAUCAAAGCAGCACAGUAUUAUCAUCCUGUACAGAUGCUAUAAAGAGACCCUGAACUCUUGAUACUUCUUCAGUAUAAGCUGUGAGAUAAAGAGCAGACUAAAGAGCAG